AUGGAGGAAUACACUUUAAAGGACGUUUCCAAGCAUCAAAACGCUGAUUCUUGCUGGGUGGUAUAUAACGGCAAAGUGUACAAUGUGACAGAAUUCAUUCAAGAUCAUCCAGGUGGAGACGACCUCAUUUUGGACUACGCAGGACAAGAUGUUACUGCAGUGAUGAAGGAUGUAUUGGAGCAUGAACACUCUGACUCGGCUUACGAGAUUCUGGAAGAAUAUUGCAUUGGCACGAUUGUCGAUACACCGGCUGCCCGUAUGGAUGCUCCAGCGGUAAAGGGUUUGUCGCUUCAUGAACAGCGUAUGGCAUUGUUGGAAGAGGAGGAGGAGAGCAAGACAUUUGGCAAGGAAGAUUUCAGACCGUCUGAAACCGAUAUCAGCUCGGAUGUCAAGAAGAACCAAUUCUUGGAUCUCAGUAAAGCACUGGUGCCUCAACUCAUUCGUGCUCGGUAUACAAAGGAAUUCUAUCUGGAGCAGGUUCACAAGCCUCGUUACAUGAGCGGACCAGCCAUCUUCUUUGGUCAUCCCUUAUUAGAGCCAUUGACAAAGACAGCGUGGUACAUUAUCCCCUCUAUCUGGAUCCCCUAUGUAGGCUAUCAAUUAUACCAGUCAUUUGCCUAUGGGUACAGUCAAGGCACAUGGAUGUCAUUUGCAUUGGGUAUCGUUAUCUGGAGUUUGUUAGAGUACAUCCUGCAUCGCUUUUUUUUCCACUUGGAUGAAUUGCUGCCAGAUCACCAAGCAGCAUUUGUAUUGCAUUUUGUCAUUCAUGGAUUCCACCACUAUUUGCCCAUGGACAAGCUGAGACUGGUGAUGCCCCCUACACUCGCCAUCAUCAUUGCCUAUCCUCUUGUCUCCCUCGGCCACUUUUUGUUUCCUCCGAUGAUGGCUCAUGGCGUUGUUGCAGGCGGCUUCUUUGGCUACAUUUUGUAUGAUUGUACUCACUACUAUCUGCAUCAUGCUCGCGUAUUCAAGUAUCAUUUCAGAGAGAUGAAAAAGUACCACAUGGCACAUCAUUACAAGAACUAUGAAAGCGGCUACGGUAUUACAUCCAAGAUCUGGGAUUACUGCUUUGGCACUGUAUUGCAAUACACCAACUAA